AUGGCCCAUCAUCCCCACGGCGAGCGUGCACCUGCACGCGCCGCAUUUCCCACCUCUCAGCACCUCUUCCAGCCCACUUCUUCCCGGCAAAUCAACCCAUCUCCAGGAGAGGGCCUUGAUCCGACAGGAGGACGAACAAUAUCCCAUUCUAGAGGACCUUCCUUGGCCAUAUCCCUCCCACGGACUCCGAGCGACGUGUCUGCAUCUUCUGAGCCUGCUUCAGCCUCCGACUCUUCAAACUCGGGACGAACUGUCCUUCCACGAAGCUUCGAGGAGGCGCCAGUGGAACAUAUUGUCGUCCUUGUUGCCGACAUGCUCCAACGUCUGACAGAUAUUAAUGACCAAAUCGAAGUCCAGCAACCUAACCUUACCCGCUUUCACUCUCGCACGCCACCUGCUAUCUCGAUACGCGAUUAUCUUGCACGUAUCGUCCAAUAUACCAAGCCCGAGAGAUCCUGCCUUCUCCUGACCCUGCACUAUGUCGAUCUCCUUUGUGCACGUAACCCCGCUUUUGCCCUCUCCUCCCUUACCGUCCACCGGUUCCUCAUCGCAUCCAUCACCUGCUCUUCCAAAGCUCUAUGUGACGUCUUCUGCAAGAACACGCACUACGCGCGUGUGGGAGGGCUGGGACUGGGAGAGUUGAAUUUGCUCGAGAGAGAAUUCCUGGAGGCGAUCGAUUGGCGCUUGGCUACCACUCGAGAGCUCAUUCAGUCUUACUACGAAUCCCUCGUAUCUGCCCACCCCGCCUACAGACUGGCUCCUCCCCCGCCUACGUCCGCUCCCGCCUCGGCACACAAUUCCGAAUCAUCCAUGUCUUCCUCUUCCUCUGACGCAGGCGAGAUGGGGGAUGAGCUGGGUGCCGGUGCUGGUGCUGGUGCUGGUGCUGAGGGCAACGCGAUGGGGAGUGGAGAUGGCAGCGCGAGCGAUCACAGUAUGCGGAGCGUCGAGAACGAACCACCGGCGCACCAGCAGCAACAGUUCGAACAUAAACAUCAACACCAGCGCCAAGGAGCACCUCAGGAGCAGCCGGCGGGAGCGGGACAGCAGCCGCACCCUGUUCACCCGGGCCAACAGCGAGAGACUUGGCAGCAAGACAGCACGACAUGCUCCAGCAGGAACAUCAUCACCAUCACCACCAACAUAGUCAGUCGCAGCAGCACGGUAUUCCUGGAGAACAACAGCAGCAAUCACCUCAUUCCCCGCAUCACCACAGACAACAAUGAUACCGUUUACAAAAACUGCACCGGGCUGAGAACGGACACCAGCAAGGUCAACAUGAUCCGUAGUACUAGCCUCGGCAGUGUCCAUGCUGGUGCCAUGAGUUCCAAUGGUGUCCAAGUGACAAGUGGCAGCGUUCAUAAGCACCAGAAGAGCCUUGGUCAAGCAACCAUCAUCAAACAUGCCAAAGAUAGCAAGUAGGAUUGUCAGCCAGAAUCAGAGCUUAUCUUUUGAAGGGAGCGACCAUAUUCUCAGCACCUUCGAACAGAAGAUUGCUGAGCAUAAUCCAACUCUCCAACCUGUUCGGCUUAUAUUCUCCCUCUUUCUCACAUUUGGCACGUUGAAGCUAGAACUUUGCCAAGAAACGGGAACCAAGCUCGCACUAGAAUCCCACACUCAGCUCGGUUUUACUACAUGGUUGUCAUCCUGCUACGUGUUCUCGUAGAGGGUUUCAU